AUGGAGACGAUGUACUGGCUCGAGGACGUACUUGUCAGUCUUGCACUGGUGGUUGACGGUGAGUCCAUCACGAAGGCCGCUACCCGGGGAAUCGAGCAGGGACGCGCCAACUUUCAGAUCGUCAUCUUAUCCCUCUUCGAAGUGGCCUUUGCAGGAGUCUCCUUUGAUGUUGAUGUGGGGCCAUUCAUUAAAGUCAGCGAUGCUGUCGAUCUCUCGCCUCUGCGUCCAGAUUAUUGCGCGAGCACACCUCCGCGCGAGCGACCGGAGCUGAACCCUGGGAUGCAGGUUCGGCGCCGGCGCAGUGAACUCAUCAUGAGGUCAAACUGCACUGGUACAAUCCGAAGACUACGAAGCCAGUUCCCCGGACUCGCAGCGCUUGUCGACUUCUUCGAAAUCACCGCGAGCCGCCACGCAGCAUCCAAAUCGGCAGGCAUUCUCCCGAGUAGCUGUACGACAUGGUCUUGGACUUUGUCGAUUAUGAUAGUGGAAGACCUGCUUGCUGGUAUCGACUGUGGUUCGUGCUUGCUGCCUCCGCAAGUAUAG